AUGGCGGUCCGUGGAGGCGACGUGAUGUGUUCGCGGUCCGGGUCUGCAUCUGCUGCCGACCACCCACCUUUAGUCGUGCCCAUGUCCAAGGAGCAGAAACCGAGGAAGAGGAGGGGAGCUUUCAGCCUGACCAGGAUGAAGUCCCGCAACUGCUCCCAUCAGCAUCAGCCCGCCGCAAACAACAACAUGCCGUUCAUGAUCCACUGCCAGAUCGGCAAGGAGAUCAAACAUAUCUGCAGCAACUGCCGGGGAGCCGAGCCGCUGGACGCCGAGGAAGUGGAGAGGUUGGCAGCGAUGCGCUCUGAUUCGCUGGUUCCAGGCACACACACACCUCCCAUUCGGCGGCGGAGCAAAUUCGCCAACCUGGGACGUCUCUUUAAACCCUGGAAAUGGAGGAAGAAGAAGAGUGAAAAGUUCAAGCAGACCUCUGCCGUGUUGGAGAGGAAAAUGUCCACUCGCCAGAGCAGAGAGGAGCUUAUCAAGAAAGGAGUGCUGAAGGAGGUUUAUGACAAAGACGGCUCGUCCUCGGCGGUACUCCAGGAGGUGAAGAUGGAGAAUGGGCGUUCUCCGGUGCUUGGCUCCAGCCUGUCAGAGUCUGAAGGUACUGAGCUGAUGGAAGGAGCAGCUGCAGCUGUAGGCUCUCUGGAGUUUCAGUUGCCAAAAGAGGGCACAUGUCAACAGGACCAUGCCCAAAAAUCCAUGAAGAAGUCCACUGUGUAUCAGUCUGAUUGCGCUGAAUCAACGCUCUCCAGACCUCCUACGCUACACAAACAACCUCCUGCGCUGCCACCCAAACCCUUCAACAGGCUACCUAAUCACAUUGCAGACGGUGCCCCGGUGAAGUUGCCGUGUAUGUCGGCGAAGUUAUCUCCUCCUCUACCUCCAAAGAAGCUCAUGAUCUCCAUACCGGCAGGGAGCAUGGAGCCGUCUUCACUCGCCUUCCAGAAGUGCCCCCCUCCCAGCCAUGCUCCAAUGGGCGGGCACUCACUGCAGUACGGGGGGCUCCCCCUCCACCCCCCCAGCCGAAUCAUAGAGGAGCUCAACAAGACCCUUGCCCUUACUAUGCAGAGGUUUGAGAGCUCCAUGAUGCACACGGUUCCCACGGUGAUGAUCGAGUGUGACAACGACAAAGAGAACCUCCCUAACGAGGCGGACUAUGAGGACCUGCCUGAGGAAGACGAGGAGGAGGAAGAAGAAGAGGAGGAGGAAGAAGAUGACGAGGAGGAAGAUGAAGAUGAGGAGGAAGAUGAUGAUGAUACAUUGUUUUCAAGCACACUGGCGAUGAAGAUUUUACGAAAGGACUCUCUGGCCAUCAAGCUGAGUAACCGUCCAUCGAAGAGUGAGCUGGAGGACAAAAACAUCCUGCCGAUGCAGUCGGACCAAGAGAGAUUUGAGUCUCGACAACAAACAGCUACCAAACUGACCAGGCGAUUGAGUCAACGGCCAACAGUAGAGGAACUGGAGCAGAGGAAUAUACUCAAACCUCGAAAUGAUCUGGAGGAGCAGGAGGAGCUGAGGGAAAUCAAGAAACAUUUGUCCAAAAAGCUCAGCCAGAGGCCAACAGUAGAGGAGCUGAGGGAGGCAAAGAUCCUCAUUCGCUUCAGUGACUAUGUAGAGGUCGCUGAGGCUCAGGACUACGACAGGAGAGCAGACAAGCCAUGGACUCGGCUGUCAGCUGCUGAUAAGGCUGCCAUCAGGAAGGAGUUGAAUGAGUUUAAGAGCUCAGAGAUGGAGGUGCAUGAGUCCAGCCGUCAUUUUACCAGGUUUCAUCGGCCAUAGGAUGGAUCAGUGAGACAAUCGGCCAUGCUUUUAUACUUCCACACAGAGCUUGAAGUGGUUAGACUGCUACCUGCUGCCCUCACACUGCUACCUUUUCCAGCGUCGACUUCAACCUGACAGUCUGGACAUGAACACAACCCGUGUGCUGCGGCCGUUACAGGAAACAUGAACAAACACUUUUACAAACACAAAUGGAUUCAACUCUGAACUGGCGUCUCCCCUCAGUGGAAAUUUUACAAACUUCUUUUUGUUCAAAUGCUUUUCGUUGUUUUUUUUUUAAAGCUGAAAAGGCAGCGAUUUUAUUUAUUUUUUUAACACUGCUUUAGUCAAACAGAAUCUGUGCCAAUUUGGAGGAUGGGAACCAAAGGCUGUGAAGAUGGGACUUUAUUUCACACAGGGGAUUGUUUUCUUGCCUUUCAAAAUGGUCUAACUGUCCUCUCUCAACUGGAGGACUUACUGUCCUUAGGGGUUUUGUUGUGUUGGCACAGUUUAAUUCCAUAGCUGACAUCUUAAUGAUCGUUUCUCAAUUUGCCGGAGGAAUCAAAAUGGCAGCUGAAUCUUUAGCCAAAAUGACCUAAAAUCCUAAAGUCCCCAAAUGCUCUCUGCAAGCCGGUAGCAGUGAAAAUUAAGAUCUCCUCCUACCACAUACACAUUAAUCAACUAAGCAAUAAUUUCAGAUUUUUUUUUCAUUUGCAUAUCUGUUUCUGGGCUGUAUUCAAGAGCUCAAAACACUCUUCAGACUUCAGAUUCCCAUUUUAAACCAAAGCAACUUGACCUGCUGUGGAAGUCGUGAUCUUGAAUGCAUCCCAGAGUGACUGCUGUUGAGAGUUCAGUAACACGCGGUUUCACUUUGCCUACAGUGUUUACAGGGAUUUAAAAGUUGCCAAAUUAUCUUCUUUGAUACAGAAAAUGAUCUGUAGACACAGCAAAGUUACAGAUCUCUCUGCAAAACCACAAGAAGGUAGCCUUUUUUUUUUGUA